ACAAAGAGGAAACCAAGAUCAGGCAGCAGAGGGGAGGUGGAGGAGUGACAUCCUCAUAUGAUGCUGCCAUUGCCUCCUCCCUGCUAGUAAUCAUCAUCACAUCACUCUUGUGGUUCCUUGCUUCCAGGGGCUCUCCAUGUAGCCUUCCAGCCCUCCAAGCCCCUGCUUUUUGUUCAUGCAUCUCCCAGGCUGCAGAGGAAGAGGACAGUGCACACAGCAUGCACUGGGGUGUUGGUCUAGUCACGUCCAGGUCUUGUGUGGUUGAUCUGAGCAGAAAUCAGACCUUGUCGCUGUGCUGGUGUGGAGGAUCAGAGGACAACUACUCCUUUUAUGGGGACAUCAUCGCUUUCCCUUUGCAGGAUUCCUCUGGCGUUAUGUCAGGGCUGGGAUCGGAUUCCUUGUGGAAGAAAACCCUGUAUCUGACUGGGGGAGCCCUGCUGGCUGCUGCUGCAUACCUACUCCAUGAGCUGCUGGCAAUCAGGAAAGAGCAAGAAGUUGACUCCAAAGAUGCCAUUAUUUUACAUCAGUUUUCACGGCCAAUCAAUGGUGUUCCUAGUUUAUCUCCAUUCUGUCUGAAAUUGGAAACUUACCUAAGAAUGGCUGACCUACCAUAUCAGAACUACUUUGAUGGGAAGCUGUCACCUCAGGGAAAAAUGCCUUGGAUAGAAUAUAAUCACACAAGAGUGUCUGGCACCGAAUUCAUUAUCGACUUUUUGGAAGAGAAACUUGGAGUGAAUUUGAACAAAAACCUUAAUCCUCAUGAAAGAGCCGUUUCUAGAGCAGUCACCAAAAUGGUAGAGGAACAUUUCUACUGGACUUUAGCCUAUUGCCAAUGGGUGGACAAUUUACAUGAAACUCAGAAAAUGAUCUCCAUUCCUGGGCCAUUUAGCGAUUUAUUGAAAUGGAUUUUAUGUCACCUUACAAAAGGCAUUGUAAUGCGUGAAAUGUAUGGGCAAGGCAUUGGACGCUUUUCUGAGGAAGAAAUUUAUAAGCUGAUGGAGAAAGACAUGAGAUCUCUGGCUGGACUUCUUGGUGAUAAAAAGUAUAUCAUGGGACCAAAGUUUUCCACUUUAGAUGCCACUAUUUUUGGACAUUUGGCACAAGCAAUGUGGACUUUACCGGGUACAAGACCUGAACGGCUCAUUAAAGGGGAGCUCAUUAAUCUUGCUAUGUACUGUGAAAGAAUAAGAAGGAAAUUUUGGCCAGAAUGGCACGACGACAAUGACAACUCAUUAUAUGAAUCUGAUGACAGUGGUGAGGAGAGCAAGACACAGACCCCAUUACUGGACUUCAGUUUUUAUUCAAGGACUGGGACCUUUGAUGACGAGGGAGCAGAAAAUAGCAUUUCUCAGACCCCGGAUACUGAUUUCACUGGAAAUUCCCUUUUUGACUCGGAUUUGGAAAUGGAUGAGUAUAUUGAUCAAGAACAAUGCAAAUGAAGCACGUUCUUUUUUUGAGAGCUCCUGAUUAGAUUCCUGUCCUUAUAUCCAAUAGUGCUGGUUUUGCACACAUCAUUGGUUUAAACAAGCCUUAUAUCUGUGAGAGCAAUGCAGCCAGCAGGCUUAGUUAAACUUGUGCACUGGUUGCUGCAUUUGAAGAUGUUCAAUAUAAACUGUGACCUUCAUUUUGUGUGUUUCUAGAUAGAUUUGCUGGAGGUGUUGUCACAAUCGCCUUAUUCAAUAAAGAGUUCUGAUAACU